GUGCAACAGCGCACCUUUAACCCAACCCCAAACAAUGGUGAGAGAGAGGCACCAAACCGGCGUUCCGGGUUCCGUCCAGUACUCCGAGCUGUGUUCAGCCUGCUGCCAGCUCCACCAGGUUCCGGGCUGAGCUUGGACCCGUUAGGCAGUCUGCCAGUCUUGUUGCCGGGACUUGCUCCAGUUUUGUUUGGUUUUGUCCUUCGGCAUCGAACCGGCGGAAACACGCUGCCGCUUGACGGCGGCGGUCCCUCGCGGGCUGUAGAGCAGCAGGGUCGGCGCGCGCUGGAGCCGCAGAGCUGACUGGUGUGGAAGUGUGGAAUGCAACGGGACUGUCGUCUGGCUUUAACUCGGCCCACAGACGAGACGGGAUGCUGAGACCACACAUGUCUGAUCUCUGACACACUACGAUGCAUUUCAGGCCAACAUGUCUACAGUGAAACAAGUUAUUCUGAGCAGCACAGACCAGGACGUGGGCAGCACCAUAGACUGGAGUUACUUUGAGUGGCCAGAAAAUGAAGUCAUCACCACACGUGUGGCUGAUGUGGAGACACAAACGGACUGGGCCCCCGCUGUGAGUAAGGAGACCCAGACGAGCAGCCCGGUCAUAAUGCACAUAGAUUUGUCACGGACACACUCCAAGCUUAAACACGCGUCCCUGGUGGAUGCCGACAGCUUGGUCGCACCUUUGUUCCAGUUUGAUCGGCAGGCCCCUGGUCGCAUCUCCACAUCUCCCACGUUGAGAAGAAUGAGGAGCACUCGGCGUCCUCAAAUGGAUAUCCGGGACUCUGUCAAGAUGGAGAGCACACAAGAAGAGCCUGGCACAUCAUUCCCUAUGAGUCCUUUAUCCCCACUUCACCGGCACAAGUCUCCACUUGCCACUGAGUCCUUCUCCGAGGGAGAAGUCCACAAUAAUGGCUCCAGUUCAUCCUCGUGCCUACGUAGGCCCAGAUCACGUAGAUCUAACACGUUUGACAAUGGCAUUGGUUGCAUCAGACAAGAUUCUCCGAGCACUCACCAGCGUGUUUGCAAAGAGUUCGAGUUUUCUGAUGGUGAGAGUCAGGAGGCGGAGCGUCACCAUGACAGGCUACAGGAAAGGAGGCGUAGCUCCGUGGUAGUCAGCCUGCCUGGACUGGACGUGUCACCAGGGGACCUGUUUGUAUCCAAUGGAGCCGUCAACAUGCUCAGUUGCUCUUUAGACACCAAGAAACCAAAGUGGCCUUUUUUAAGGCGUAGCACGACUAAAACAAAGACGCCAAAUCACACAGAUAUUGAGAAAUAUCUUUCAGCGUCACAGAUUCAAGACUGGAGGAACUCAGACUUGCAGAAGUACAAGGACUGCUCUGUGGUGGAGUUUCUGGGGGACCGGUCCUCACACCUGAACCCGGGCUCUGACCCCAAGCACUACAAGAGACAGGAGGCUAUCUGGGAACUCUUCAGCAGCGAGUGUGUUUACUUCCUGGAUCAGAUCAUGGUUCUCAAAGAGGUGUUUCUGACCACACUCAGUAACCUGCAGACGAGGAACUGCUUGUGUGACGUGGAGUCCUGGAGGCUGUUUGCUAACCUUGGCGAGCUCUGCAUGGUGAGCUUUGCCUUCCUGAACAACCUUCUACGUGUGAUCAAGGGCACUUUGGACAGUCCUGCAGAAGAUGGCGGCCCUCCCCUGCUGGAACUCCUGAGCAAGGCGUUUGGUGACAGCAUCUGCCAGUGUCUGCAGAAGUACUGCCUCAACUACUCCACGGCACUCGUGUACCUGGACUCGCUGAAGCACAGACAGGACUUUGGCUCCUAUGUGAAGUGGUGUGAGAGGAACGAACAGUGUCGCAGGUUGCAGCUUCGGGACCUUCUGGUGGCCCCCCUGCAGAGGCUGACCCGCUACCCGCUCCUGCUGAGGAACAUAAGGAAGAGGUGCUGGACAGAGGAGGAGGAAGCCGCGCUCCAAGUUCUAGCGGAGCACGUUGACACUUCCAUAUGUGAUUUGGAGGGGAAGGUCAAGUGGCUGGACAACUACCAGAAGGUGAAACAGUUGAGAGAUGCCCUGGUGUGGCUGCCUGUGUGGGAGAGAGACAAGCGCGCCUUUAUCCCUGAGAAUCUGAAACACCUGCUGAAGGCGGUCACCCUGGAGAACCUCAUCUCUCAUAGAAGUCUCCUGCAGGAGGGGAGACUCGUGCUCGCAGAGAACACGAAGCUAAUCGACGUGUAUGUGUUCUUGUUUGACGAAUUCCUCCUGUUGACAAAGAUGAAGAGGAGCAAAAAGCGGUCCAUUGGACCAGAGCAGAAUCCUCUGAGGUCGCCACAGAACAUGGAGCUGGAUCAGCUGCUGAAGGAGGGCAGCACCUUCACAGUCAUGGAUCAGCCCGUCUCUCUGGACCGACUGCAGCUCAAGAACAUCGACCAGCUCAACGCCUCAACGUCGGGGCUGCCUCACUCGUUCAUUCUCAUGCACCAGAACCGCUACCAGCAGUGCAUCGCUGCAUUCAUCCUGCAGGCGCCGUCCGAGUCGGCUAAGAAAGUGUGGAUGUCAAAGAUAGAGGGCGCCAUGACCGCACUGCUGAAGCUGGACUCCCAGCAGCCGCGAGUCAAGAGCGCCUCCCUGUGGCUGGAGUCCUCCCAGAUAUGAGCCAUUUGACCUACUGAAUGCACUCCCACGCUCCCCGGAAGUCUGUACAUUACUGUACUGCAAUAAAGUACCUUUGUAACAUGUUUACCUUGAAAAGUAUAUCGCUGGAACAGGCUCCAAUAAAUGGUGG